UGUAUAAGAAAAUAUGAUGAAUUAGAAGCAACUCAACUAAAAACAGAAUCUUGCACAGUUAAUAGAACAUAUUUGUGCUGUAAUCAUUUAUCAAAAUAUGAAGCAUUUCAUGAAGCUAAUAGUAAAGAAGAAGUACAAAGAAUUUUAGCUUUACUAGUACUAAAAGAUAAUUAA